UUGUCGACGAACGGGGUUAAAAAACCACUUCCUGAACCGAAGGGAACUGCGUUCGUAUACUUUUAUUUUUCUAAUUCUUGUCGCGCAGAUGUCAAAGCGCCGUCUCUUUUCGAUUUUCGCCAGAUGUUGUUUUCACUGCCGGGAAUACGAGGCGUGUUCAAAAAGUGCUUUCAAUUUAUCUUGAUAGCAUUUUAAUUGGCUGUGGCUUUUUUGUUUUUACAGAUAUCGAGCCGCUCUUUCCUCUUUGAGCGACUCGCCGCGCUACCUGCCGGCGACGCGGGAAACGGCCAUCGCGGUCGACGCAGAUUCCGAAGCCUUAGUGCGGUUUGCGGCCGACAGAUGGCGACGACGAUAUAAGCGUCAGCCGACAGUUUUCAAACGGAAAAUACGUUCAAAAUUCGCAGUGUAAAACGGCAGCAUGAAAAUCUUCAAAAUGCUGUUGGUGGGACGCAGGGCCUUGAGCGGGCGCAGGAAUUACCCGGGCGGUAACAAGGAAAUCCUGAAGAAGGUCAAUUUGUACGGGACUUUCGGGAUAGCCGCGGCCCUGUUGGCGUCUUACGUCGUCGUGAGGAACGCUUACCGCGGUAAGACGGAGCCGAUCCAGAAUUUCGACUACGUGCUGCCCUCCAACGGCCCGGCAUCGAACCAAGCGGUGCUCGAAGAACACGUCAGGCAGAACGAAGAGGAAACCAAGGAGGAAGGUUUUAGAGACAAGUACAACUUUAUUAAGAAGGUGGUGAACGAGUGCGCAGGCGCGGUAUUCUACCUGGAACUCCGCGACCCUCACCAAAAGGACCCGGAAACCGGCGACCCUCAAAUCACCUCCAACGGGUCCGGGUUCGUCAUCAGCGAGGACGGCUGGGCGUUGACCAACGCCCACGUCGUCCUCAGCAAGCCCCAGAGUACGAUCACGGCCAUUAUGGGCGACGGUAAAACGUACAGGGCGCGCGUAGAAGACGCCGACUUGAACGUGGACCUCGCGCUCCUCAAGCUCGACGUCAGGGAGAAAUUGCCUUGCCUGCAACUGGGCCAGAUCGGGGACGCGUGCGUGGGGGAGUGGGUCGUAGCUUUGGGCAGUCCGUUGUCCCUUAACAACUCGGUUACGGUCGGAAUUAUCAGCAGCGUCAACAGGCCGGCCGAAGAACUGGGUCUGAGGAACUACUCGAUGACCUACAUCCAGACCGAUGCUAGCAUCACCUUCGGCAACUCUGGCGGGCCUUUGGUGAACUUGGACGGCAACGUAGUCGGUAUUAACAACCUGAGACUGACUUCGGGCAUAUCGUUCGCCAUUCCUGUCGAAUACGCCAAAAAAUUCCUGGAAAAUUCAAAGUAUCGGAUGUCGAAAUUAUCCUCCGGCACUAACCGCGGCAAAACGCUUUUCGGCCUGACCACGAUAUCCAUAACGGCGGAGCUGCUGGAGGAACUGGGCAAAACCAACGACCAAGUGCCCAAGAACGUGUCCGAGGGAUUGCUUGUAUGGAAAAUCAUACCGGGCACACCAGCAGACGCAAGUGGGAUCGAAGUAGGGGACAUCAUAACUCACGUCAACGGGGUGCCCGUAAAGAGCGCCGCCGAACUGUACGUGGCGAGCGAAGAGAACGCUUUGGAGAUACGUCUCAUCAACAAGGGGAAAAAGAAAAAAGUGUUGCUCAGCACCAAAUCGAGUUCCUUGAUAUAAUAUAUUUUCAGCAAAAUUAAAUAAAAUUAGCGUUCAGAUGUCGAUAAUCGUUUAUUUAUUUACAACCUAGA